AAUGUUUGUAUCCGGGUCAGAGGACACAGUAAUGGCGGCGACCAUGGAGAAAGCAGCCGGCAUGAGUAAUAUGCUGCAGUUUAUGAAACUUAUCGGACAGCUCAAAAGAGUCCCAAGGACAGGCUGGGUGUACAGGAAUGUGAAGAAACCUGAAAGUGUGUCAGACCACAUGUACCGCAUGGCCAUGAUGUCUUUGACCAUCACAGACCCCACAGUGGACAAGAACAGAUGCAUAAAGCUGGCUCUGGUUCAUGACAUGGCUGAGUGCAUUGUGGGAGAUAUUGCUCCAUCUGACAACAUCAGUAAAGAAGAGAAACACAGACGAGAGGAGGAAGCAAUGAGACAUCUAUCAGGUCUCCUGCCUGAGGGACUCAAACAGGAGAUUUAUGGACUGUGGGAGGAGUAUGAAACCCAGGGCAGUCCAGAGGCCAGGUUGGUGAAAGAGUUUGACCUCCUGGAGAUGAUCCUGCAGGCUCACGAGUACGAGGAGCUGGAGGGAACGCCGGGUAGACUGCAGGAGUUCUUUGACUCCACCGAGGGUCGUUUCCAGCACCCAGAUGUGCUCGAGCUCCUCAGCUCUUUGAAUGCAGAGAGAGAAUGCCACAUGACCAAAACACAUGAUGCAAAGACAUCACCUUCAUCUUCAUCAGCCUCUUCCCAGCCAAGUACAACACCACACACCUCCUGAUGGCUGACACACACACACACACACACACACACACACACACACACACACACACACACACACACACACACACACACACAC